UCAUAAUAAGUUUUACAGAAAUAAUGAAUUACAAACAUUUUCAAAGUAAUGGUAGCAUUAUUUUGAUUUCUUCCUGAGAAAUGUUUGUUUUAUUUUCGGUUCUUUCAUAACGAUUUUAUUUUCUCACUAACGUCUUUUUAAGCGCAGCAACACUGAGCACUCAGCACCGUAGCACAGCAUCCGUGCACCGACCGUGCACCCCUCCCCCGCCCCUUCCUCCCCUUGCACUGCUUUCAAAGCAAGCAAGCAAGUUCGUGUGUUUUGUUCUACAAAAUCUAACAAGAUUAUCUCUUUUAACUUACCAAAUAGCGUUUUAGUAUUGUGUGAUGAAGUGAUUGAUUUGUGAAUGAUCUUUUGCGCGUUUGGACAUGAUACUCAGGCAAAACAGUGUAUGAUAGGAAUUCGAAAUGGUGGUGCAAAAGAAUUGGAAUAACGUCGAUACAUCGCAACAGAAUCCUGCUACAGAAAACUCUAAUGGUACAUGGAGCUUUCAGGCACCAGUUAAAACAUUGAAUACUCGUUCUAAUACACCCAACAAUAUGCAUGCGAAACAGCCAGUAACAAGGCAGAUUGCCAUAAACACACUGGCAGCUAUGCACAGAAGGUUUAGUCUGCCUGGACCAGUACAGCCACACUCCAGACCCAUAGCUGAGUUCAGGGCCAGUGCCAAUAAGUCUUUGGAUAUGUUAAGGCAAACUAUACAAUCAGCAGUCACAAGGGAAAUAGACCAAGUUAUCAAGAAAUAUUUAGAGAAAUUCUUUGUGCCAGCAGUAAAUAAUAUAAGACUCAAUUUGGGAGAUGAGUCCGUUAGUGAAGAUCAGGUGAGAGCAGUUUGCCGAGCAAUGCUUGAUGCUACUAGACUACUGUAUACAACACCGCCAAGGCCUGCUCAGUCCCCUUAUGAGAACAGUGAUUCGGAAUCUAGUAAUAGUGUUGAUCCUAAACUUGUCAAGCAAAAUUUACAGAGUCCAUGCCAAAAGCGAAAGGAAUCAGACAAUGAUAUGGACAUAAUAAAACGGAAGAAGAUAAAACAGGAAGACACCACAGACAGUGCAUCUUCAUCUCCAUUGCCAUCCCCUGCUAUUAGGGACCCUGAGAAGUGGAACCCUGCAAGAUUGACUCAAGAAACUCUGUUUAUUAUGGGAUCCCAUGCUCACAAAGUGCUUGGUCUUGGUAACUCUCGUGGUCGGUUGUACACCAGGCAUGCUGGUUUACUCAGAUAUCCAGCUGACUCGUCAGACAAGGAAUGGAUUGCUAGUCACAACCUUGUCAAUGCUGUGGGAGGGAAGACCUAUAUUAUGGUCCUAGAAGACAUUGAAGAACUUGCAAACAGUGAUGCUUAUAAACACAACUCACUACCCAUGUUAGGAGAACUGACCGGCUUCAAAGUACCUCUCUUCAUGUUGAGGAAAAUAAAGGCGUAUGUUCAUAAACGAGCCCUCAGUGGUGACAUAAGCAAUGCCAACAGCCCUCAACCAUGCUCAAGCAGUAUGCCAGAAGAAGAUAAAUACAAAAUAGAAGAUAUCAAAGUUGAACCUAAUCAUGAUAACUUUGACAGCAAUAGUUUUGAUGCGAGCCAGUACAUUGGCAAUGGGGAAAACAGUAGGGACUUCUCAGAUGUUCCUAUGAUGAAGGAAGAUACAGAUUUCGCUGAUAUCAAAGUUGAAGAUAUUGAUGACAUGAAAGUUGGUGGGAUAAAAGUCGAAGAUUUAGACGAAAUUAAAAUGGAAGAAAUGAAGGAUGAGGAUGUAGUUGAUCUGAAUAAUAUUAAAGUUGAGAACAUGGAUGAUCUUGACGUGGAUGCUAUGAAAGUCGAAGACAUAAAGUUGGAGAAUGAUGAUGCCUUCUCUCUCUGUAAAGAUGGUGAGGAUUCACAGAAUCAUUUGGUCGAUGGAUUGUUGGAAUCUGAUAUUGAGUUUCUGAGCCGAAACUUGGGAGAUAUUGAGAGUGAUGCUGAUGCAAGGAAAACUAUAGAGAAGUUGACUGGCGCUAAUCCUGACACUAUUACGUUGGUUGGGGACGAGUUUGAUCUGGGAACUACCUUGAAUACUAAUUUUUCCGUGAACCAGACAAAGUGCAUCACGGUAGCUUCAACCACCAGUGGCAUGGUGCACAGUGUGCCAGUAGCUCACUUGGCAGCGCCGCCGCGCAUCACCGGCAGCACUGUGCACUACUACACCAGUUCCAACCUCCCACCCACUGGUCAACGGACCGUUCACCAUCUACCACAAGCCACAGUUACCAUACAGAACAUUCCUGGAACUAAUUCACAAGUUAUUCGAGGUAUACCAAUCAACACUAAAACUGGUGCAUUUAGCACAGUCAUGUCUCAAGGAACAGCGAGUACAAUCAUCGGCUUCGGCACACGUUCCUCCAACGCCACAAUCAUCGGUACUCCGCAGUAUGUCAAUGUGAAUUCGAAGUCGUUCCCGACUGGUAACAUACUACACAACGCGAUUGUAUCAAGGAACAUUAUCAAUCGGAGUAACCUGUCUGCACCAGCUUCAAGCGCGACCUUCAAUGUGACUGCGGUAAGACCAGUCCUACACACAUCCACGCCAAAGAUAAGUACAGUUGUCACAGCAAGUUCCAGUGACUUCGAUAGUAUUUCCACCACUAAAGACAUGAUCGACAAUGCCUGCAAUUCAUCUGUAAUGUUGAAGAAAGUACUCACUUUAGGCAGUGCGGGCGCUGCCAAGUCUUUUAUGAUGCACAAUACGCAGAAGGUAUUGUCCACUGGGUUCGCGAACGGUGUUACACCACCUCCAAACGUUACGAUCGUCAGUUCAGGCACCAGUGGUGGUCUACUAAACAAUAAUAAUGUGGUAGGACAUUCCUCCAGCAACAUUGUAAGUCCAACAUCUGGUACGUUAAGUGCCACGCAUGCUACUCUUUCAGCUUUGUUGGCCUCAAGCGCUGAAAAUUCUCCUAAGAAUAAGAAAUGAAUAUCAACUUCACUUCAAUUAAUUUACAUAACUGAUCUCAUGCUUAAAACAAUUCCGGUAAAUGUCUUGCUAUUUCUCCAAAUAAUCUAAUCAAUGACUUAAAAUACUAUCAAUAUGAAACACCUUCUAGUAGUAGAAAUGUGAAGGAUAAUUCUAACAGUUUCAAUUACAAUAUUUCAAGGUUUCGGCAGGACAUUACUAUCAAACCAAAUCGUCACUUUACAUUCUUGCUUUCCCAUCGAAAAAGGAUGUACUAGUGAAAAGUUUUAUCUGUAUUGCUUGACUAGUGCAAUCUAUGUAUAUUCCUAAUCCCUUACAUAACUUUACAUAAGCACAAGUAUAACUUAGCAGAACCUUUCCUAAAUAUCAACGAAUAUAUUAGAAAACUAUUACUUGCUGAUUACUUUGCUAGGUAAAGGCAUUUUAGUCGACAUUAAUUUAAUCUACCUCUUUGUUACCUGAAACUUAUUAACGUGUUGUGAUAGUUUAUUAUUUAUUAUGCUCUUGUAUGUACAUGUCAUAUGCGUUAAAUAUACUUAGACAGUACAAAUUGAGAUGGUUGUAACAGUAUUAUUUGAAGUAAUAAGUAGGUUAGUGUUUAUUCCGUUAUGAGUAUUCAAGAAAUAUCUCGCCUACGCACUUACACAUGUAUAUAAUAUGUGUUCGAUUCGUAGAUUAGAUCCGUAUUCGAUGUGAAGGUCGAAUGUACUUCUGAUUUCCUAAAAGUUCGUUAGCACUUUCAUAAAAUUAAGAAUAAAAUACACAUUUCCUGUUAAAUUAACAUUGUUGUUAAUUAAUAGUAAAGGAAAUGUUCAUAUUAAAAUGUCCGAUCUCCUUUCUCGGUAAUAAAUCAUACCUCCUUCUUUCGUUCAAGCGUUUUUUCCCAUUAUUACUUCCUGAUGUGGGCUUUUGACUAUUUUAAUAAUAUAUGAAAUAAUAAAAUGAACGUUUCACGGGAAUUGAAUAUUCUAGAACUCUCAAUUUACUUUAUCAGGGUACAGUAAAGAGGUUGUAUAUUGUAUACCAGAUACUUAAUAUAAAAGAUUGUUCAUGUUAUUAAAUGGAAUUGUGGAUUUUAAGGCUCGAUUUAGUCUUUUUUCGUAUUGUUAAUACAUUUUUUUUGUGACAUUUUGAUUUAAUAAUUAUUUAUUGUUUUCACAAGUUUUUUAUUAUACUGUAUGGUGGUUUAUUUUCUUUUUAAAACAUAAUAUUACGCUUAGUACGGUAAGAUUAUCUUCGUGAUUCCUUUAUACGAGUUGUGACUGUUAAAUAAAUAUUUUUACUACAAUAUUUUCAAAUAACAAGCGAUACUAUUUUUGAUGGGAUUUCGGAAUCUUACUUUAUAUUGUUUAAGUCAUUUUAUUAUCUCAUAAAGUUGAGGGUCUUAGGUGAUUUAGUUGAGAUACUGUGGUACGAAUAUAAAUGUACGGUCAGCCAAAGUAUGGUGUACAGGUUACAAAAUAUACAUUGGAUCAAGACAGGGACUGUCAGUCUGUGUGAGACAACCAAUGGUAACAAUUUACUUCUCGUUAAAAGGUAUACAAUAAACUAUAAUGCCACCUCUGUACUGUUUGGCUGACUGUACACAUAGUUAUUAGAAUCUCAUAGAGUGGUCUAGGUACGAAUGUAAGUUAAUUGGUAGAAAAAGUUGUUCAUGAUAGGCUAAUGAUGUUAGUUCGUCAAAAUAUUCGGUGUUGUUUUUUAAUCGUAAGUUUCAAUAUUUUACUAAAUAUGUGCCAAAAAUAUACGAAUAUACCUCUGAAUAGUGUUCUUAUGAAAUUUAAGUAUAUGCUUUUAAAAAUUAUUUAUGCUUUAGCUUUAAAACGCAAUUAUACUGCCUAAUAGUCGAUAAACCAUUAAAAAAGUUGUAAUUCGAUUAGAUUAUAAUAUAUUUAAUAGUUUAAAACUAAGUAAAUAGUUCCAUAUUAAAUACUUUAGUAUUUCUCGAUGUUUAGAAUUAAUCUGAUAUUUAUAGCUAUUCUUAGUAGAUUGGUAAAAUCAUAGUGCAAUAUACAAUACAAUACAGUCAUAGUUAUCAAUCCAGAAAUUGAAACUCUUCAUAAUUAAAAAAAGAAUUAAUCUUUGGUUUAACCAUUUCCUCAAACGAUGUUCUAAAGAAAACAGAUUAGGAAAAGACAGUAGCGAAACAACGUAAUAAAAAAAAGAUUAGUUGCAAGAUUAAUUAUUUAGUUGCAAUUGUAAUGCUUUAGCUUAGCCUUGAACCACUUGGUUAUUUAGCUAGCCGGUUUAUAUAUAUUUACUAGCUUCUGCCCGCGACUUCGUACGCGUAAUCUCAUUUUUUCCCGUCCCCGUUCGUGA